UAACGUUCACAAUAUAUUACGAAUUUAUCAUAAUAAAUUAUUAUUUUAAAAAGUUAUAAGUUUUUUUUUCAUUUGAAAAUUCAUUAUAAUGACGUCUCCAAAAUUAAUAGCAAGUUUUAUACUUGUACUUUUUAUCGCAUGCAGUCUAUUUGAUCAUAGCGUUAGUAUGCCGGGUUAUAGGCAUGACUAUGACUCUGACUCUGACUUUGAUGAAGAAGAAAGUGGUAUCGAAGCUAAAUUACAAAAUGAACUUCCUGAACUAACCAAUAGACAAAUAAUUGUACUUGAGAGACUCUCUAUCUAUAUGGAGCAGCAUAUAUCAUCCAAAAGCACUACUCGUCGGCAAUUAAAAAAUGCACUUCCUGAACUAACUAAUAGACAAAUAUUCAAAAUUUCAAGAAUAUUCACAAGUCAAAUAAGAUCUUCCUUCGAAACAACUACAAAACCUCCAUCUCGACACACUAGAAAACCAACAGAAUCAUCCGAAGAAUAUUCUGAUGAAGAUUAAAGUAAUUUUUUCUCGAUUACUGGUUUCUAUGUUACAUAUAGUUGGGUACUUUUUCA